AUGGAGACGCAGGACAAGCACUGGGCUUCCAAAUAUUUGUUCGACCCGCUUUUGGCUCCGGAGCCCAGCGCCGAGACGGGACCUGGCGUUCAUCACGUUGCCGCUGCCAACUCUGUCCCUUCACCCCCAAGACCCUCCCGGAAAAUGGACGGCACUUCUGUGCAAGUGACGAACGUGGCCGACAACGACAGAGGACCCUAUCCCUCUCCACCUACCUCGGCGAGUCCUCGCAAGCACCGCACGCCUCCGUCUUACGACGCAGUCCAGCGUCCAGCACCACCCGCAGGAUAUGAUGGCGGUAAAGCGCAUCGUCGAAGCGUGGAGCAGCCAGGCCCUCACACUCACACCUCAACGGCGGGUCGACGCCGUGGCAGCUCUCUGACCUCGCGCUUUCCUGGAGAUCAGACCCACCACCCGUUGGACAUGCUCAAGAGAGAGAACAAACUUGCCCAUCGAGCGCCUCAUUUACAGAAGAGACAUAUUCCUGGGCCUGAUACUGUUGACAGCCUUGAUACGAUUGGUGGCGCUUAUCAUCACGGCGGCCCUUAUGACGCAACAUUGUUGGCACGAAACACCUCUUUCACCAACAGUCCCUUGGAAGCAGUUGCGCGUAGUAACCAGGAAGCAAUCAAAGCUACUCCGCCCGAGAAACUCCAAGACAGCCUUGAGAGACACCGGCCUUUGGACGGUGUGGCGCUGACGCCCCCAGGCAUGGUGGACACUCUCGGCCACAGAUACGAUUACGAAGAGGGGACCAACAUGAUGAUUGAAAAUGGAGGCAACUACAAGAGAUGGCCGGGUGUGGAGUACCUCCCGGAAGAUCUCAAGGGCAAAGGAGAGCCAUCAUACUCGAUUGAGAAGGCGCUAAAGGAGCAUAAAAGUCAUCGAAAGUUGUUGGGCACCGACGAGCCCGGAAUUGAGAUGGCAGCGCGACCGCAUAGCUCUGGUGGUCCCCAGUCUGCCGGUACCAGUGGCCGUUACUCUGGGACCAAUGAUCUUGACGGUGAUAUUCAACGUCGCAACUCAACAGGACGGAGAGUCAGCGAUGGUCUAAAGCGCAGGCUCGGCAGUUUGCGAAGAAAGCCCAGAGAAUAA